UUCUUUUUGCUUUUGUUGUUGUUGUUGUUCAGAUGUGGGACAAUCAGUGACGGGAAAAAUAACUAACGAUCUAACUAAUUACUUUUACUGUCAACAUAACUCGACACCCCGUUACUACACGUUACUGAUGCCGCCUCAAAAUAUAUCACCAACUUCAUAAUUAAUCUACAGCGCUGUGAGAGUGUUGCACAUAAACACAUACGCAAUGAGGAUUGGCUCAGCUUUUAGUAAAAUUGCGUCUUCAGCCAAUCAGAGAACUUGAGUGGGUGGGUGUUUAGAGCCCCUAAGCAAUGACGAUUGGCUAAAAUUGAGUAAGAUUGCGUCUUCAACUAACUAAAGAACUUAGAUGGGCGGGUGUUUAGAGCACAUAAGCAAUGACGAUUGGCUAAGAUUUAGUAAAAUUGCGUUUUCAACCAAUCAAAGAACGUAGGUGGGCGGGUGUUUAGAGCACAUAAGCAAUGACGAUUGGCUAAAAUUUAGUAAGAUUGCGUCUUCAACUAACUAAAGAACUUAGAUGGGCGGGUGUUUAUAGCACAUAAGCAAUGAGGAUUGGCUAAGAUUUAGUAAAAUUCCGUUUUCAACCAAUCAAAGAACUGGGCGGGUGUUUAAAGCACAUAAGCAAUGAGGAUUGGUUAAGGUUUAGUAAAAUUGCGUUUUCAACCAAUCAGAGAACUUGUGUGGGCGGGUGUUUCGAGCACGUCCAAAGUCCUAACUGCAUAGCGAGAGAUGGCGAGUGAGGAGGACUCUAGUGAGAAGACAAAGUUUGCCAAAUGGAAGUACAGACACUACUUUAACCUCGUUGAUGUCAAAGGUGGAGGAGGUGGAGACGCCGCGCCUCGAGUCACUCCUCCAACCACACCCUGAAGCCGCUAAUGCCCAUCCUCGGCCUGGCGGCUGUCUUUGCGUAUGGCCUGGCCGACAAGCUUCGUGCCUUUGUGGUCCGCAUCUUCAUCCCUCAGUACCACUACCCGUACGUUGUGAGUCUCUGCUUCGGAGAGGUUCUGGUAUCCGUGUCCUUCUUCAACGUCCUCCACAUCCUGGGUGUGGCGCCAUUGAGGCGGUACAAUCGUCCUCUAGGCGAGCGUCUCCUGGUGCCCUCCAUCUGCAGCAGCGUCCAUGCUGUACUGGCCAUGUGGGCCGAGGCCAGUGGAGCAUACGGGGGCCUAUUCCCCCUUGCCAUGGGGCUGCUGCCUCUUACCACCGUGGGCCUGAGCUAUGCGCUGAAGGUGACAGCGGCGCCUUCAGGCCAUGCCUCUGUGUUGGUGUCCAUCCUGACUGGGUCGUCGCUGGUCUUCACAGCCUGGCGUGGCCCAUCGCCUGUAGAACCCCUGGAGUACACGUAUGCACCUCUGGCCGCCAUCCUCCUCAGCCUCUCCCUCACCUGGCUCUCCAAAGUAUCCGAAUGUGAGCACCAGGCCACGGCUUUGGACAUCUACUACACCCGGCUGGUCAACCAGUGCUGGCUGCUUGGCCUCUUGUGGACGCUGCACCCAGACGGCCCCCUGCUGGUGCUGAGUCGGGCCAGCUGGCACAGCCUGCUCUUCCACGGGUACCUGCUCGCCAUCCUCCUGUUGGGGAUGCUGCUCAACUUGGCGGUGGCGAUGACGGCGCUGUGCAAGUCGCCGCUGGCUGCAGGUCUGUUGCACACAGCUGGACUAUUGAUGCAACCGUUUGUGCUGCUACUCCGGCUUUAGUGUGAAGGACUGGUAUUUAUUAUAGCAAUGACUUCAAUGGGGCGGCACGGAGGUCGAGUGGUUAGCGUGCAGACCUCACAGCUGGGAGACCUGGGUUCAAUUCCACCCUCGGCCAUCUCUGUGUGGACUUUGCAUGUUUAGGUUUCCUCCCACAUUCCAAGAACAUGCUAGGUUAAUUGGCCACUCCAAAUUGUCCAUAGGUAUGAAUGUGAGUGUGAAUGGUUGUUUGUCUAUAUGUGCCCUGUGAUUGGCUGGCCACCAGUCCAGCGGUGUACCCCGCCUCUCGCCCAAAGACAGCUGGGAUAGGCUCCAGCACCCCCGCGACCCUCGUGAGGAAAAGCGGUAGAAAAUGAAUGAAUGACUUCAAUGGCGCCCCCUAUGGGUUGUGCUGCAAAUGCUUUUUAAGCACAUGUAAUACAAACAUUGUCAAUACAAACAAGUUUUGCUUAGUAAUUAUGGCACUGUCAGAAUGAAACCAUGCACUUUUAAUGCAAAAAUAUUUAUUGUGUUACUGCCAAUCAUCUCCACACUCACACAAAACACAAGCUAUUGUAAAAAGUUACUGAAUGCCUUAAUGAAGGUGUGUACAUUACAUUACAUAAAGUAUUUUUAGUCACUCAAAUGCUGGUGAACUUUGAAUUAUUCCACAUAGAUCUUUUUUAGGACUUCCUACACACUUCCUUCCAUGAUGCUUUCACAAUAAAACACCAUUUACCUGUUUUUUUUGCUUUAGUUGCAAGCAAGUGUUGAUAUUUCGUCACUUCUUGCCCAUUAUGAGCAAUCGGAGUUAGGAGGCAGGCGUAUUCCCAGACUCUGCAGCAGGUUGGAUGCAGGCCCGGCCAGCCCGGCCUGGCAGCUGAGGGACUCCAGCAAGUUGGUGACCAAGUUGAGGUCCACGUCCAGGGGCUGAAUCUCCGCCGUCUCCUCGGUCAUUGUCGCCCCUGUCGGUUGGCUCGGGAGGAGAUUUGUGGCGGGGGGCUGGGCUGAGCUUUUGUCUGACGUGGUCUUGCUGUAAUUCUGCAGAGAGGUACGAGAGUCACUAAAAUGCUAACUGAUUAGUACCGAGCCACAAGCCUAAACCACCCAGAUAUAAAUGAGAGGACAUUUUCCAUGUUCUCUUUACAAAUCCUACCGUCUGAUUAAAACUUUGUCCAAUAUUUGUGCUCAUCAGCUCCUGGUCCAUUUGGUCCAUAUAUUCUCGAAGUGUGUCCAAAGCCUCCAUUCCAUUCAUCUCUUUCUCUUCGUCUUCCUCCUCCACAACUUCUUCUCCAUCCUCAUCCUCCUCCUCCUCGUCAUCAUCAAGAUCAUCUGAAUCUAGCUCUUCUUCAUCUUUGCCUCCUGGACCACAAAUAAGGCAGAUUCAGUAAGAUUAAAAAACAAUGUUGAUUAAUUAAUUAAUGAUUAAUAACCAAUCAUCUCUUUACCCAAGAGUCGGUCCAGUGCGCUUGUCAUGGAGUCUGUGUCGAAGCUGAAAGGUUGAGAUGAAGUGGACCUGCGAUGGAGAAAGAAACAGGAAGUAAAAAUACCGCAAGAGGUCAUCCGUCAGUUGAGAACGCUGUCUUCUCACCAUGGCAACUCUGCACCCUCGUGUGACGACAUGGCGUUGAGGAAGCUCUUCAUCUUCUGGCUGACUGAUACCAGGCUGUAACCCGCCUCCUCUUCAUUCUCCUCGCCUACCUCCGUAUCCGCGACGGGCUGAACCCGUCUCGCCGUGCUGCCGUGUGCUCUGGCUCCGCCCCUUUCAUCCAGCAUACGUUCCAGAUCCUGGGCGGUGACAUCUAGCCAGCUGUCACCUGGAAAAGACACAUUUAGUUUGGUACUGAUCUAAUGACUAAUCAAAUGUAACGUUGGCUGCUAUUGCACUCACUGUCCUCUUGGGGGAGCUGUGACUCUUGUUCCCUCAGCUCCUCAAUGUCGAUGGGACACGUGCGCAGCAGUUGGAGAACUUCCUCCCCUGGAGACAUGCCACUGGAAGGCACACAUAUUAAACGAGAUCUUAUUACGAUGUCACCUAAUGCAUAUAUGCUUUACAUUUACGAGGUCUCACCUGGAUUUUGAGGCGACGGACUGCUUAAAGAAGUUUUCGGCUGAUUUCAUCAGAUGUUUGUAGUGUGCCGAACCCUCCAUCUCCCCCUGCGUUUGGGUACGAAAUGUUACUAUGUAGAUACUGUAAAUGCUCCAAUUAAAACGUCUAUACAGAUAGGUCUGCUAUAGUCGCAGAUUGUGUAGUCUACAAAUACAUACAUAUUACCACCGCAGUCUCUAAAUAGCACAGGGAUAAAAAA